AUGAAUGAGACCUCCACCACCCCCCAUGUCUGGCACUUCUUCCUUGCCGCUGCCUUUCCCGGUGCCCGGCUCGGAGAGGCCCCGGACUGCCCUCGGUUCCACUUGGGGGGACUAGGAGAGCCUCCCCCCCCCGUGGCCCUUGGAGACGAAGCGCGAGGCGAGGAAGGCGAUGGGCGCCCCGGGAGAGGCCGGAGAGGGACGGGAAGGCGCCUUGCCGCGGACCGCUCCCUUCUUCCAGCACUCGCCUCGCCUCCUCCGCGGGCGCGUCAAAAGCCGCCAGGGCUGCGGCGACCGGAGCCCGGGUCCAGGCAGCAGCCCCCGCCCCCCUUCCGGGACCGCCCUCCUCCNGAGCUGCUGCUGCGGGGCGCCGGCGCGGCGGGCGAGGCGGGGGCGGCGGGCGAGGCGGAGCUGCACGUGCUGGCGGUGCUGGCCAAGGCGGAGCGCAACGAGGCGCUGCUGGCCAAGGCGGCGGCGGCGCUGCGCUCGCUGGUGCGCUUCGGCAAGCUGGGCCCGCGGGAGGCGCUGGCGCUGCACCUGCUCUGCGACGGGCCCAGCAGGACCCCCGCCCGGCAGCUGCUGCACCAGGCGCUGCGCCCGGCCGCCUUCAAGUACAAGGUGGUCUUCCAUGACCUGGAGGUGCUGGCCCAGAAGCUCCAGCCCACGGUGGAGGCCAUGCAGAAGCUCUUCAGCGCGGGGGCUGGCAGCUACUACGGGGACUCGCUCUUCUUCCUCUCGGUCGCCAUGCACCACAUCAUGCCCAGAGAGGUUUCGCGGGUCAUACAGGUGGACCUGGAUGUGGAGUACCGUGCCAACAUUCGGGAACUGUUUCAGGAAUUUGACAACUUCCCAGAAGGAGCAGUAAUCGGCAUCGCCCAAGAAAUGCAGCCGGUCUAUCGGCACAUCUUCUGGCAGUAUCGACAGGAACACCCUGGGACCAAGGUGGGGGACCCGCCCCCGGACGGGCUGCCCGGCUUCAACAGUGGGGUGCUGCUGCUGGACCUGGAGGCCAUGCGCCAGUCGGAGCAGUACAACCGUCUGCUGGAGCCGGCAGUGGUGCAGCAGCUGGCCAGCAAGUUCCACUUCAAGGGCCACCUGGGGGACCAGGACUUCUUCACCCUGGUGGGCAUGGAGCACCCCGAGCUGUUCUAUGUUCUGGAUUGCACCUGGAACCGCCAGCUCUGCACCUGGUGGCGUGAUCACGGCUACAGCGACGUCUUUGAGCACUACUUCCGCUGCGACGGCCAUGUCCGCAUCUACCACGGGAACUGCAACACGCCCAUCCCGGCGGAGUAG